GCAUCAUCAAGAAGACACGUCGAGUAUCAGCACUACCCAACUCAAUACCAUAGUUGUCCAGACUGUGAGGUGGACGCGGUCCAGACACUCUUCACAAGGGACAGACUUGAGGAGCAUAUGAGGGAUAAACACAUCGGAAUACAGGCUACGAAGUGAGGAGAUGAAAAGGAAUACUGUUGCCGUCAAUCCGCCUCUAGAAUGUGCCCUGUGCCCCAGUCCCACAAGGUCAUGGGAUGAAUUUUUCGAGUGUCUUUGCCGGCACUGUCUUGUAUUAAAAGCAGAUCAUGCGGAUGAGGGUUACAGCGAGAGAGAUGACGGCGAGGAAGGUGAACUGGUGAAGAGAGAUUUCAGCCAUAAUGCAAGCAGUGUUCACAGGAACUAAAGACGCGACACAACACAAAUAUACUGAACAGAAAGAUGCAUCCG